AUGUGUGGUAUAUGUUUUUGUCUUCAUACACAGUCAACACCGCUUUCGAUUGAUUAUACACCAUUAAAUGCACGUGGUCCUGAUUUUCAAACUCAACAUGGACCUAUAUCACUGACAUCUAAUCUGUAUGUUACAUUCGCUGUUAGUGUACUUGCUCUUCGAGGUUAUAAACAGCAACAACAACCAUUUAUUGAUGAAGAUGGAAAUAUACUUUUGCUUAAUGGUGAAAUAUAUGAAGGAGCGUUACAAAUCAGUGCAGAUGAUAAUGAUGGUGUAGUUUUAUCUCAACAUUUGAAACGAUGUUCAACUGAUAUAGAUAUUUGUAAUUUAAUCUCAGCAUUAGAAGGAUGUUUUGCUUUUAUCUAUUUUCAAAAAAAAACCAAUAGUUUAUAUUAUGGACGAGACCGACUAGGACGUCGUAGUUUAUUGUAUUCCACAGAAACUGACCCUCCAUCAAAUAUAAAAAUGAUUCUUAGUUCUGUUCAACUGAAUAAUCUUUCAUAUACAGAACUCGAUUCGAACAUACUUCACAAAUUAACAGUCAUAGACGCUGAUCAUACAUUUAAAAUUGAUUUCAUACCAUAUGUCAACCGUUCAAUUGAUAGGAUUGUUCGCGAUCCACCAGAUACUUUAUUGAAUGAACUCGAAUCUAAUUCUGAAUUUCAAACUGUAUCAAAAAUAUUUCUCAAUCAAUUGCAAAAUGCUGUACAACGACGUGUCAUAAAUAUACCUUCACUCUGUCGCCAAUGUAAACAAUUCGCUGAUAGUAUUCUUCGACCAUUAGAUGGAUGUCAACAUGCUAAAUUAGCAAUACUUUUUUCCGGUGGUAUUGAUUCGACUGUACUUGCUGCUUUAGUUGAUCGAGUUUUACCGAUCAAUGAACCUAUUGAUUUACUUAAUGUAGCUUUUUUCUCUGCUGUAUCAGCACCACCAGCAGAUCGACAAACAGGCUUACAAGCUCUCGCUGAACUGAAUCCAGAACGACGUUGGAAUUUUGUAAAAAUCGAUAUUAAUUUAAAUGAAUUACAACAUUAUCGUGAAAGUAUUAUUAAAAAUGUUCUAUAUCCAUGUUCAACAGUAUUAGAUGAUAGCAUUGGUAGUGCUCUCUGGUUUGCUGCUCGUGGUAAUGGAAUUCUUCAUCAAGAUAAUAUACCAUAUGAAAGUUUAGCAGAAGUACUACUGUCUGGUUUGGGUGCAGAUGAACAAUUAGCGGGCUAUUCUAGACAUCGUAGCACAUUUCAAACUGGUGGGUGGAAAGCACUAGAAAAUGAACUUGAUAUGGAAAUGAAUCGAAUUUCAAAACGAAACUUAGGACGUGAUGAUCGUGUAAUCAGCAGUUUAGGUAAAGAAGGUCGCUUUCCAUUUCUCGAUGAACAAUUUGUUAACUAUCUUCAUUCAAUACCUAUUUGGUUGAAAGCUGAUCUACGUUUAGCACGUGGCAUCGGUGAAAAAUAUUUACUUCGUUAUGUCGCUCGUCAUUAUCUAUCGCUUGAACAAUCAUCAAAAUAUCCAAAACGUGCUAUACAAUUCGGUUCAAGAAUAGCAAAACUGGAAAGUAGAAAAGAAAAGGCAUCGGAUCAAUGUUCAAGAUUAACAACAACAACAAACAAUAAUUUUAUGAAUGAUGAAGAAUAG